AUUAUGGUUUCCGGCGAAAGUGCGGGCACGUGUGUGCACGGGGAACUGAGCUCAUCACUCGGCUUGCUAUCCACUACAUACGAUAGCAUGAACUGUCACCACACACACGCGAAUGCAAUACUGUGCCGUGAAUCUGUGCGAGGGGCUGCGCACCGUACACUGGACUAAAAGCUAUCUAUGUACAACUGAUGGUGGAUUGCAAUUCAAGUUUGCGAUCGCUCUUUCAAUGCAAGCGCGGCUGUUCCUAAAGGCCCGUAUAUAGAGCUCGGCGUACGGUGCGGGGCGGAACUCAAUCGUUGGAGGCAGUGCAACGGUCGAUCCACCUGCAAGAUAUAGGCGUGUGGAGGUCUGCUCGGAGAAGAAGACACCUGAUCUGGGUAGGAGAAAUACCAAGUGCGGUCGAGUCUCUGUCAAUUGUCGUUGUAAGGCGGAUGGAACAACACCAAGUGACACAACAAUCAAUACGAGCUGGUGAUAGAUUGCGGCGAAAUCGGCUUUCUGGCUUAAUUAUCGGAGGAACGACAACUCAUCUCAAGUGAACUGUCCGAAUUUUUUCUUAUCUCGAUGGACGGCAUUUUUUCAGUGUUAAUGUGGACUAAGUGGUGUUAACAUCAAACAGUCAAUCACUGGAUGAAGGAUAUUAAUUUGUUAGAAGGUGGCGAUUGAAGGCGGACGACAACGAAGGACCAGAGCACCACCUGGGAUUGUUAAUGGUUUUCAGCGAGUGAUCUCAUAUGUUGCUAAUACUAGAGGAUCUGCUUUACGCGGUCUAAAACACAUCUGUCUGACGUCUACUUGACCGUCGUAACACACAGGAUAACUAUGGCCUUACGUGAGGUGGAGCCAAAGUCGGUCAUCAAAGCGGUCCUCGUUUCACUGAUUUUCUCGUUCGUCUUCCUGCCCUCUUGCCUCCAAGCCAACAACAGUACGGAGCUUCCUACCACGCCCACGACCACACCCACGCGGGUACCUACCAGAGCUACUACGCAGGCCGGGGGACUGCAGGGCAGCCGGCAGCAACCCACCGAGGAAGGCUCCGGGUACGUGCAGGUGGCAACCAAGAAAACCACGGUGGAUGCUCGGCGUGAGCCGGUGCAGGCGGGGCCCAGGAAAAUGAUCGAACCCUCCAGCCAGCCUAACGAUAUCGUCUCCAAGUUCCUCACCUACCUGGCCUACAUCGAGGACAACCGGAACGACUGCGAGGCGGGGACCUGGGCGGUGGUGCUGGACAAAGGAGCCACCAGCUACGGCCCCAACAGGUACAUGCGACAGGCCAUGAGGACAGUCGAGACAGCCAACUUCUUCACCAGGAUAUGGCGCAGCAAAGCCCUCUCGGGAGUCCAGCACAACGAGGAGUUCUUCUUCAACGUGGUAGCCUCCAACGUGGAGAACGACGACGAUAUAUUUGCCUUUGGGAAUUGUUACGACGCCCACGAGUUCUUGGAUUAUAGUAUCUUCUGUCCCUACGCGUACCGGCUGCCGGAUGGCGGGAUACGGGUCAAGGAUCUCUCCCUGGCCUACCCAUACCUCACUAACGAUUCCGAGUGGUUCUUUGAGGCUCGCCGGAACGUGGAGAGGUUACUUACCCAAAAUAGAGUCGUCAUAAACAGUGAGUAUACACACGUUCAUUCGUUCACAUAAUACACCAAUGGCGGAUCUAACGGGAGUUAGGGACCCCUCCGCUCCCUUGGGCC